UUUCCCCUUUAAUUAGUUCAUAGUUGUGACGUCAAAAAUAUCGCAAAUUACGCCAUGAUCGACAAAAGUAGCUGCCGAAUCCACCGCCCGAUUCCAAUUCUCUCCCUCUUCGAGCUUUCUCAUGGAGAAAUGGAGCAUUAUAAAUAUAAAUCUCACCUUAAUCACCGCAACCACUGCGUUCCUACUCUGCUCCCAUGGGGAACAGAGCUCCUUCGACCUUUCUCCUCUGCUUCGGUACUGUCCUCUCCCUUCUGCUCUCCGCCACUGCGUCUCUUCACCCCGACGGCGCCAAUGGCUUUGCCGCCGCCAUGACGGCGAAAGGGCGGAGGACGCGUGCCACCGGCGUGAGCUGCAACCUGUUCCAGGGCAGCUGGGUCUACGACGAGUCGUACCCGGCCUACGACUCCUCCACCUGCCCCUUCAUCGACCCCGAGUUCGACUGCCAACGCUACGGCCGCCCCGACAAGGACUACCUCAAGUACCGGUGGAGCCCUGACUUCUGCAGCCUCCCAAGGUUCAACGGGUUGGAUUUUUUGACGAAGCACAGAGGGAAGAAGAUCAUGUUCGUGGGGGACUCUCUGAGCCAGAACCAGUGGCUCUCCCUGGCUUGCAUGCUCCAUGCCGCCGUGCCCGACGCCAAGACGAGCUUCAGAAACUCAGUCCCUCUCUCUACCAUCACGUUUCAGGAAUAUGGAGUGUCGGUCAUGCGCUACCACACCACCUACCUGGUCGACGUCGUCAAGGAACCCGUCGGCCGCGUCCUCAAGCUCGAAUCGAUCCAAUCCGGCUCGGCCUGGACCUCAGCGGACGUGCUCAUCUUCAACACCUGGCACUGGUGGACUCACAAAGGGAAGAGCCAGCCGUGGGACUACAUCGAAUACGGCGGGAAGAUGUACAAAGACAUGGACCGGCUGGAGGCCUUCGGCAAGGGUCUGACCACCUGGGCCAGAUGGGUCGACUCCAACGUCAAUCCUGCCACGACCAGAGUCUUCUUCCAGGGCAUCUCUCCUACCCAUUACCAGGCGAAAGAAUGGGGCGGCGCCGGCUCGAAGGAUUGCGAUAAGCAGACGCAGCCGGUGAGCGGAUCGUCGUACCCGGGCGGUCCGGAGCCGGCGCAGUCCGUGGUGAAGAGCGUGCUGAGCGGCGUGUCGAAGCCGGUGUUCUUGCUCGACGUAACUCUGCUCUCGCAGCUUCGGAAGGACGGGCACCCGUCGGCGUACAGCGGAGACCAUGAAGGGAUGGACUGCAGCCACUGGUGCCUCGCCGGCGUUCCGGACACCUGGAAUCAGAUCCUGUAUGCAGCUCUGGCGUGACAGGGGCUGUGUGCAUGCAGGACUGUGCUUGUUUUCACGAUUCAGUAAUUAAUAGGCUGCUCGAUCGAAUUGUAUCAUUCUUCAUCGGCUAUCAGAAUUUGAUAGCAAAUUGCGGUUUUCGUUGUU